UGGUCUUUAGUUGGUCUCCGGCAUCGUAAUAGGUAGGACGUGUGAAAGCGUGCCGCGUUUCCCGCGAAAAUUUACGUAUCCAUUUCGGCGAUACAACCUCUGUUUUUCAUUCCAUUAAUUCCACGAGAAAACAAAACGCUUUUCGUGUAAUAGUAUUUUAUGUUGAUGUGUGACAAUUCAUUGAUGUGUAUGUAUAUUUUCGGGCGUGUUUGCUGAAAGCUCUGUGUAUUUCUUGUACUGAAUCGAUAAGGGUUGGUGGUUUUCGGAUUUCUCAUCGUCACUUCAAUAUACUGUAAGUUCAGUGACUAGAACCCGAGUGUAGAACUAGUUGCAGCGGCCGGGAAUAGAAAAAUUCGCAGCUAAUAUCAUAUUUGUAUCAAGCUCUGGAUCGUACAUGUGAAUGUGACAACAGGCCCAAAUGUGGGAAGGUCGAUAGUGCAGUGUUGUUGAUGUGGCUGGUCGGAAGCUGAUCGAGCUGGCGUGGUACGGGGGUGGGGGCGCGAUGCAGGCGGGCGGCGGCUGGUUCGUGCCGUGGACUAUGGGGGUGCAAAAGUUCGCGGUAGCGCUGCCGAUGGGCGGCGUAGUGCCGCUGGUGCCGCCCCUGCUGGCUGCGCUGCCGCCGGCGCCGCCGCCGCUGCGGCUCAUCGCGCCGCCCCUGCAGCACCAAACGCAAUCUGGGAGAAAGGGCGAGAAGGACAACGGCAAAAACUGUAUUCUGUCCUGCGAGAAACGAAAAGCCGACGAUUCAGACAUUAACAAAGACUUAAAAAAGGCGAAAUUGGAAACAAAGGCGCUAAAAGCGAAAAGACCAGGCUUCACGGACGACCGGUACAACGAAACUUCGUAUUAUAUUGAAAAUGGCCUCAGAAAAGUGUACCCCUACUACUUCACAUUCACGACGUUCACGAAAGGGAGAUGGGUUGGUGAGAAGAUCCUCGACGUGUUCGCCAGGGAGUUCCGGGCCCACCCUGCUGCGGAGUACGAGAGGUGCAUCCGAGCUGGUACCCUCACGGUGAACUACGACCGAGUGGACCCCGACUAUAGGCUCAAACACAACGAUCUGCUAGCCAACGUCGUCCAUAGGCACGAAGUACCAGUGACCAGCCAACUGAUCACCCUCGUACAUAUCGACGAGGACAUUGUGGUUGUCAACAAACCAGCCUCUAUCCCCGUACAUCCAUGCGGUCGGUAUCGACACAACACUGUUGUCUUUAUACUUGCUAAAGAAUAUAACCUCAAAAACCUCAGAACAAUACACAGACUCGACAGGUUAACGUCAGGUCUACUAUUAUUCGGAAGGAGUCCAAAGAAAGCGAGGCAAAUGGAGCAUCAGAUUAGAAACCGACAGGUUCAAAAAGAAUAUGUUUGUCGAGUCGACGGCGAGUUUCCAGAAGAUGAAAUCGAGUGUCUAGAACCAAUAGAAGUAGUGAGCUACAAAAUUGGUGUAUGCAAGGUGUCACCCAAGGGCAAGGAUUGUUCCACGGUGUUCAAACGCCUAGGAUUUAACACAAGAACAAAUACGAGCGUUGUCUUGUGUCGGCCGAAGACGGGCAGAAUGCAUCAGAUUAGAGUGCAUUUACAGUAUCUAGGUUACCCGGUAGUAAACGAUCCACUAUACAAUCACCCAGUAUUCGGCCCACUCCGAGGUAAAGGAGGAGAUACGGGUGGAAAAACAGACGAACACCUUGUACGGGAUUUGAUAGCUAUACAUAAUGCUGAAAACUGGUUAGGGGUUGAUGCGGCGGACGAUGACUUGCUAUUUUCCAAACCCGCAUCGGAUGAUAAAGUUGGCGAGGAUGAAUGUGACACUGGGCCUGCCUCUAGGGAAUCAUCACCAAGGCUCGAAUCACCUGCGCCUGGUCUAACUCCAUCUACGGUUAUGACUCCCACGCUAGCGAGUCCCUCGAGCGCUGCUGAGGCGCCAAUGGAUGUGCCAACACAACCUUCGCCUGUAGCGUCGCCUUCACUGAAUGAAGAUUCCAACGAUGCUAAGUCUGACAAAGUAACAGUAGCAACACAAACCGGUUGCUCGCCUGCAGUGAUAGCGUCGGCGACGACUGCUGGUGCCACUGGUGGCGCGACUGGGACGGUCGCAAACGCUGGUAGCUCAACCGGCAACGACGCGCUGACACCGGACCCACAUUGCUACGAGUGUCGCGUGCGAUACAGAGACCCGAGGCCGAGAGACCUUGUCAUGUAUCUGCAUGCUUGGAAAUACAAGGGACCCGGCUGGGAGUACGAGACGGAGCUGCCACAGUGGGCGAGCGUCGACUGGGAGGAGCCGGAGAGUUCAUAGUUAUACGUUUUGACACCACUGCAGACGCGCCUCGCCACCAGUCUCCACAUCUCUAACAAUAAUGAACACGUGAUUUAGGAUAAACUGAUCGAGAUUCUUCCAGGUCCACGUUACAAUGUCAGGGCCAAUAUUUGUACGAAUAUUAGCGUGUGUAGAAAUGUCAUCGUUUGUCAAAACACAACAAUGUAGUGAUAGAGCCUCCUGUGUAAAGGUUUUUGGAGUGGUCAGUUCUAUAGACUUUUGUUUCACCUAGUAGAUCAUUAUAUACGCAAAAUUGUAAAGACCUUUAAAGGGACAAUACAAUAGUUUUACUUUAAUAAUCAGAUCAAAAAUAUCGCCUAACAACAAUUUGGAGAAAAUGUCUUUUUUAAAUGUUAGUGUAAUAAAAACGAAUGUAUUUAUGUCUACAAUAAGAAAUAAUAUGUUAAAAAAUGUAUGCGGAAUAAUAUGAUAUAGAUUCGAUUACGAAUAGUAAAAAACUACUCAAGAAGAAGGUGGUAAUAGGUAUGGCAAUUUUAUUAAAACAGACCAUACAUAAACGGAAAAUGUAAAUAUUGAUCAACGUAAUGUUUUUAUUGAUUAAAAAGUUGACUGCGAGGCGCUAAAUGACAGGGUUCUUAUAAGUACGAACCUAGUGACAAAAUGGAUGACACCGCUAAAACUUGGCUGUUAUAUCUUAAUGCUGAGGUAAGUUUUUAUAAUUAAGGAUAAAUUAGUUGUAAGGUAAAACUAUUUUAUAUGCAAUCAUUGCACUAUCAAUUUUAUGUUCUAGUUUCUAUUCUCUUGUUUUCUAGUGGAUUUGUAGACACGAUUUUUUUAUAGUUAGAGUUUAAAUUGUAGGGUUUAUUUUACCUGUUCAGUUCCUAUCGGUCUAGGAUGUUUCUUGAAGCUUGUUGUAGCCUAGAGUUAAGGGAAUGUAACAAUUUUUGUAAAAAUAUCACUACCAUUAAAGAUAUAGAUUUAUCGCUUUAACGAGGCAGGGUCUGAACCACGAUCAUAAAUGAAUAUAAUAAUGAUAUUUUAAUCAAAGUCGUUUUAAUAUGUCACAAAUGGGAUAGCUCUUCUAAAAAUAUUUUAGUUUAAUCCAAAAAAAAACUCUACAAUAAAGUUUAAAUUUUCAGUUUUAAUAAUAUGGAGGUAAAUAAAAGGCCCAAGCUUCUUUCGAAAAGAAUAUACCUUACUCUUACAUAAACAGUGAAACCUGAUAUAAGCAAUUAUAAAAAUAAAACAAUAGUUAAAUAUAAAAACUUUUUUGGAAUAAAUACCAGGAGGUUUGUCUUUAAAAAAAGAUCGUAGAUCAAAUUUGAGAUUCCCGCCUAUUAGUAUGAAGCCAAAAAUGAAUCGGACUAAUUCCUCACUGCUAUUAAAUAAAAUAGAAACGUAACCUGAUGCAGAUUUAAAAUUUUUAUUUUUUCAUGUACAAAUAGGGACUCAUUUAUCAUCAUUCUGAAGAGAAAAAUUUUAUUUUUUAAUUUAACCUUAAUAUUAUAAAUGUAAAAAUAUUGGACCACUGCUAAAUAUUUUCUUAUUAAACUCGUUCAUAGGACCACUCUUACUAAUAGAAAAGCUAUCUCUAUAUCGUAAAUUUACAAAUAAAGGCGUAAGUAUAAAUUUAAAACAAAUUGAUAAUGCAUUUUCGUAAGCAGUGCUAGUAUCACUGCUGCGUUUUGGCUUCCAUAGUUUUGAGUAGAUAUUUAGGUAUUCUCAAGGAUUUUGUACUUUAAAUACAGUAAUAAUAUUAGCGAUUUUGCUAAAAAAUUAAAAUAUUUUUUCAUUUUUUAUUUUCAAAGGUUCACAUUCAUCAUCAAAAUGACCGGUGCAUUUACUGUUUCUUUCAUUUCCAAGAUCGAAUAAUUUUGAAAAGACAUCUAUUUGAAAUUUCCAUUCUGAUUUCAUUUUAUUUCCUUUGUUUGUAAUAACCAAAGUCGUAGACGUAUUUCCAAAGAGGUGUGAUUAAAUGCCAAGUUAGAGUCGGUUUAAGAACAUUUUCGAAGCAGCAGUUUUAAAGACAUGAAUAAUGUUUGUUUUCAUAAUUCAUAAGUUUUGCGUGUUUUAGGAAUUAAGUGAUACCAGUUUGAUUUGGACGUCGAUUUAUUAUUUAUUUUUUGGAUUGUUAAAUAAUAUUCAUUUAUUAAUACAAAAUUAUAUACGACAGUACAUUUCAUUGAAUCGUCAUCGCUGGUAAAUUCAUUAGGUACAUUAGUAAGUAUUAAAAUAUAAAAGACAAUUCUUGUAACUCUAAAAAUAUUUUCACGAGCUUUCAUAAAUUAAUUGUAUACAAAAUUAUAUAUUUUUCUUACUUGUAGUGUAGCAGUAGUGAGCGUAUAUUAAUACGUAUAUGUAUUAUGUCUAUGUACAAUUUGAUUUUUAUACGUAUAUUUGCGAUUAUUCAGGACAAAAAAGUGUUUAAUAUAUAUUAUCUGUGUUAUUAAAUUAGAUGCCAAGUACUCGAACAACUUUUUUUUGGGAUAACUGUUUUAUUUACUGUUGCAACACAAUAUUGCACUAUUGCUAUAUAUAAAAUGACUGUAUAUAUGCUUAGUGUUAGAAGGCCUUUAGAUUUUUUGUAUAACGUUGCCAGUUCUUACUACCCCAAUGUUAGUUAACUUGUAUGUUUUGGGAUCAAAUCUUGUAAUUAAGCAUUGAGUGAAAUUGCUAUGAAAAUUGGUGUUAUCAACAUUUAUGUGGAAAAGUAUUUUGGUUUUAUGUCUUACUAUCAACCGAUGCCAUUUUGAAAAUACGAGUUCACUAAGGUUACAAUUUUACACGUCGUAUCUAUUAUAAAAAAAAACUAGCUAUUCAUGUUUGGUGUCAAAUUAUUUACCAGGAUAUAAUAAGAUUAUUAAAAAAAAUCAUCGAAAAGGAGCGAAUCCCAUAGAAUAAUUGCAUCUGGUUCAGUACCAAUAAUUCUCUAUAUUGCUUUAUAAAAGAGUAAAAUAGAACACACUCUAAUUAGCUGGAAAUACUGGAAUUCUACUAACGAGUGUACCGAAUAGUAAACGUAUGUUAUUGUCAUCAAUUUCUCUUGUAACUUGAAAAUAAAACACAUCUCUCAAACACAAAACAAAGGUGCUUUGAGGUAAAGGAAAUAUGGAUGUAUUUCUAAUGUUACUAUUUUUACCGAUGGCAACACUAGGCUCACUCUUCUAUACAGUUAUAUAUCUCUAAUUUGUGCAGUUACAUGUUGAUAAUGAGAUGUAAUUCUUCAUUAAUUUCUAUACUUUUAAAGUUUCGUCCCUUUUCGUCUUUUUUAUUUAAAGUAAUCGAAGACUUCGUCAGGUCAUAAAUGUCUGCAUGUUACGUGCACGUUUUGUGAUUUUUCAUAUAUUUUGUAACUUUUUGGUAAUAAGUUUUAAUUUGACAAUUUGCUUUGACUUCAGUACUUAUUUUUAUAUGGCAUCGGUUGAUUAUAUAUAAUAUAUUGUGUAGUUUACCGGUUGAAUUUAAAAUAUAUGGUAGCGUAUAUAAUAUAGUCUGUGGCAUAUCACGUAACAGGAAGUUGAUUUGACUAUUUAAAAAUUGUCGAAUGAGCUUCUCAGGUGGAUGUUGUUGUAUUUUUAUAUAGUUGGUAAGAUUGUUCAUAUACAUUUUGUUGGAUGUACGACGUAAAAUAUAAAGGGGUAAACGAUCGAGUGUAUUCGAGUAAGGUUAGGGGUAUAAAAUAGCGAUUUUUGUCGCGAAAAACGAAAUAGUUUUACUUCAUUUUAAAAGAGACAAAACUAUUUUUUUUUUUAAACCUUGAUGCCAUUCUCUGAUCUUUUCCGCUUUAAAAAAAACAUAAACAACUUUUGUUUAUUCAUUUAUUAAUAAGGGAUUUUCAUGUGCCUUCACAAAAUAUUGAAGAAUAAAGAUAAAAUUGUUAAUGUAUGCUUUUCAUUAUGGCUAUUUGUAAUUUUUACACGUUUUUUAAAUGUAGGUUUACAUUUUUUGGUGAUGGCGGGUUGUCUUUAUAAAGUGUGACCAGAAUGAUAUGAAAUGUUUAAAAGAAUCAGACGUUUGUAACAUUAGUACAAUUUUAAUCGCAAUAACUUGGGAAUAUUUUUGAUUAAACCCAAAAUUGUAUUCAAUAUUGUUCAGUUUAAUUUAGCUAAACAGGAAAUUAUAAAAUAUUUUUUAUUCUGGCCACACUGACGCCCGUCAAAAGCACUUCCGCAGAUUAUAAAAUAAUAAUAUGUGUUGCGUGAUGUAAACCAGUAAUUAAAAAUAUGUUAAUUUGUUUUGAUUUCUGUUUACGAUGGUGCCAUACUAAAUGGCGUUAAAUGUACACCGACACAAAGUUAUUGUUUGAAUUUUAUUUGGACGAUGACAAGAAAGACAUUUUGUUAUUUUAUAUAAGUAAUUUGGUAAUUAAGGUUAUAAUAGUGUUCCCUUCUUUAGAUUCGUGUUAUGAUAAUUCAUGUUUCCACUUAAAUUUAAUUAGAGUAAAAUUCAUCUUUGA